GGCGACUAUGGUUAUUUUCUCGUUAAUGCUAUCAUUUCCCGUGACGAACCACAGCAAUCUGUGUCGUUCGCUCCGCUGCAGACUACUUACAAGCCACACUACUUCAAGUCAUCGGCUCUGUAUCCUGGUAACGCUGAUAUGGGUGGCGCUAGGAUUGAAAUGACCCCGACGGAACAUGCUGCAUUUUUUCGGUUUUCUUUUCCACCCAAGGUCAACUCAACGGUGCUUGUGAGACUAUUUGACUAUAGCUCAUCGACACCAGUCGUCCUCGACAAGGAGGGUCGUUUUUCUACUCAAACCAGUGUUAACAACGGUGGUGUAUUGCCUGGGUUCGCCAUGUUUAUCAAUGGGGCAAUUGACCCACCACCUGCACGCAUGCGCAACGUAGAUGGUUCAAUCAUGCUGGAGUAUGAUGCUGCGGAAAAUAAUAAAAGACUUUCGGUACACCUCCGUAUCGCUACUUCUUUUAUCUCUAAUGAACAAGCUCAAGUAAAUUUGGCGAGGGAGUUACCUUGGUGUAAGAACUUUGAUACUUUCGUGAAGGAAGGUGAAGACGUAUGGCAAACACGCCUAAGUCUGGUUACCUAUGAUACAGUACAGCGAAACAGUAACUUUUUGAGAACUUUUUAUACCAAUUCCUAUCGAACUAUGCUGUUCCCGAGACUCCUUGGUGAAUAUGAUCAGAAUAAUCAACUCGUGCACUACAGUGUUUAUACUGGGAAAGUCGUUCCCGGCGAGUUGGCGACUGACAGUGGCUUUUGGGAUGCUUACAGGACGGUUUACCUCUGGUUAAGUGUUGCCGCUCCGGACAUUCUAGAUCGCCUUCUAGAAGGGUGGGUGAAUGCCUAUAAGGAAGCUGGAUGGUUACCGACGUGGGCGUCACCUGGCCAGAGGGGCUCUAUGGUUGGCACUAUGGGGGAUGUGGUUUUUGGUUGGGCGAUAAUUGCCAACAAGACGCCGCAUUUGGCUGAUGAUAUGUACGCGGCCAUCCGGAAAGACGCUUUUGUGGAACGUCCUAAGAACUCGCAGUUUGGAAGAGAAGGACUUGGCGCGUACUCCGACCGAGGAUACAUUCCGGUUAAAUCAAGUGUGUCCGAAGUCGUAUCGAGAGGCCUCAAUUUCGCCGAGGCCGACUCU